GAUACUGCGGCCUUAUUUGAUUUCAAGGUCGCGAGAUGACCUCAAUCAAUAACGUGUUGCUAUAUUUUUUAUUCUCUGUUGUCUCAGUAGGACUCUCAGGCGACUUAAAAACUGUCGCUCUACAUGAUGUUUUAAACAUUGAUCUUUCCGAAUAUACAGAAGGGUCAAAUGCUGCACUUUUAUUCAUAAUUCCUGAUAACUGUGAUAACUGCCAUAUGCACGAGAAACUCCUUAAUGAAAUUUCUUCCGACGUUCUAUACAGUGGUGAUAUUUUUCAUCUCAAUGAUAUGACUGUUCCUUGGAUUAAUAUGCUUUCUGCACCAGCUAUACUGUUUUUAAACAAUGAAAGGAAAAUCCCUUAUUUUGGUCCACUCCAUCGCACUCAUCUUAUUAAUGCUAUGCAUCAGUUUACUACAGGCGUGCAGUCAGCUCGAUUAGAUGAUGCUAAUUUUGAACACGAUACUCAAGCCUCUACUGGUUCGACAACGGGCAACUGGCUUGUUAUUUUUGAUGAGAUCACACCAGACACCUUACAGAUCUAUGAUGGAUUGUCGUUAACUUUACGUGCAAAACAUGUCAAUAUAGGCGUUCUUGAUCCGAAACAGUCGACGCGUACAGCUAAACGUUUCAAUAUCAGUAUAUCAUCAGAUUCUAUUCAGAAUAAUCCUCUAAUUUCAGCAAUCUUAUUAAAACAAUCCACCAUGUAUCAAUAUUCAAAAAAUCUACAUCGAAUGGAUUAUGAGCAAGUUUCCCAAUUUGCACUUACUGGCUAUCCAAAUCAUAUUAAAGGUUCAAUUCCACGUCCACGUAUGAUGUUUGAUGAAAUGGUCGAUGCUCUUGUUGGAUUUACUGUGGACCUACAAAAAGAAUUCGGGAAACCUCUCGUAAUAUUGCUUGGAGUUAUUGUGUUGUUCACUGUUAUGAUUUUUGUUGGUUUAAUACUAGUAGUAGGGUUUUGGUUCGCAGGAUCUUUUGAAAAUGAUGAUGCAAAAGAACAUGUCUCAUUGAUGAAAUCGCCUCAUCAAACUGGUGAUGACAAAAGAUCAGAAUCAAUUAAGAAAACGAAAAAUGAAUGAUAAAAUGUGCUUACUAUUUCUUUUCAUAUACACUCAAUCGAAAGAAUCUCUUGUUGGACAUUUUUACACUCAUGGAACUUUUCUAAACUCACCAAAAUCUGUUUGGUUAACUUCGUAUGCUAUGAAAAUAACUAUGCUUUACUUUUUUGUCAAGAUUGACUAAAAUUUUGUUUAUACCUUUUAUUUGUUGUUGAAUAUAGUUAUUUCUGCAA